AUGAACGGCACAGAGGGACCAUUUUUCUAUGUCCCUAUGGUAAACACCACCGGCAUUGUUCGGAGUCCUUAUGAAUACCCUCAGUACUACCUUGUCAGCCCAGCAGCUUAUGCUGCCCUGGGUGCCUACAUGUUCCUGCUCAUCCUCCUGGGCUUCCCCAUCAACUUUCUCACUCUCUACGUUACCAUCGAACACAAGAAGCUGCGAACCCCUCUAAACUACAUCCUGCUGAACCUUGCGGUGGCUAACCUCUUCAUGGUGUUUGGAGGAUUCACCACAACGAUGUACACCUCUAUGCAUGGCUACUUUGUUCUAGGUCGUCUUGGCUGCAAUCUGGAAGGAUACUUUGCUACCCUUGGUGGUGAAAUUGCUCUCUGGUCACUGGUUGUUCUGGCUAUUGAAAGGUGGAUGGUUGUCUGCAAGCCCAUCAGCAACUUCCGCUUUGGGGAGAAUCACGCUAUCAUGGGUUUGGUCUUCACCUGGAUUAUGGCCAAUGCUUGCGCCGCACCCCCUCUUGUUGGCUGGUCUCGUUACAUCCCUGAGGGCAUGCAGUGCUCAUGUGGAGUUGACUACUACACACGCGCAGAAGGUUUCAACAACGAAUCCUUCGUGAUCUACAUGUUCAUCUGCCACUUCCUCAUUCCACUGAUUGUUGUGUUCUUCUGCUAUGGCCGUCUGCUCUGUGCUGUCAAGGAGGCUGCUGCUGCCCAGCAGGAGUCUGAGACCACCCAGAGAGCUGAGAGGGAAGUCACCCGUAUGGUCGUACUCAUGGUCAUCGCUUUCCUGGUAUGUUGGUUGCCAUAUGCAGGUGUGGCUUGGUGGAUCUUCACACAUCAGGGCUCUGAGUUCGGACCAAUCUUUAUGACCCUCCCCGCCUUCUUUGCCAAGAGUUCCUCCAUCUACAACCCCAUGAUCUACAUCUGCAUGAACAAGCAGUUCCGCCACUGCAUGAUUACCACCUUGUGCUGCGGGAAGAAUCCCUUCGAGGAGGAGGAGGGAGCGUCCACUACUGCCUCCAAGACCGAGGCCUCCUCUGCCUCCUCCAGCUCUGUGUCUCCUGCAUAA